AUGUUUUUAUUUGUAUAUGCAGCAGUAAUAUCAGAAACCACAAUCAUAGAAGAAAUUUUUUCCCCUGAUGAAGCCAUGUCCUACUACAUUGCUGAAAGCUAUAACUUUACCUACCCUUAUACCCUUGUCGAAAGCAAUCAUACAAAAAGCUAUAUAAAAAUCUUGAUUGAUCCCUGCAAAUCUAAACGUGAAUAUUGUUGCGAAGGCUAUGGUGAAGCUAUGUGUGAAGAUAAUCUCGUCGUUUAUGCAGGCCCUAAUCUAGAAAUUGCUUGAGCUAAUAACAACUUUGCAGUGAUUUGCAAUAAUGAGUUCGAAAAUCAGCCUGAUUGCGGAGAUUUUAUUGAAAUUCAUCCUCCAGGGGACACUGAAAUUAUGAAUUAUGUGAGGAUUACUCAGCUAUACUCUUCUGGAUUUCAUACAGAGUUUUUGUACACAAAGAAUAUUACAUCAGGACACUAUGAGCUGUGAUGGGUUCAUAAAGAUAGAAGUGGUUAUGAUAUAUUGUAUAUAAAGCCUUUUUUCAUAGUAAAUGCUUAA